CGAUCUGCUUCGGACCAACUCAGUCUCAGAAGUAUUGGCACUGCAAGAAGACGUAGUUUUUGGAAGCGCGCGCGUACAAACAUUUGCGUAAGUCUGUUCUGUUUGUUGUUUAACUAUCGAUACAGGUUGGUCAUGAUCACGUUUUUUGAUUGGUGAGGCUGGUGCUGACACGCGGAGUGAUAGAACGCGGUUCUUGAUAGAGCAGAUACGCAGCCGAGCAACGCUGAUAGGAAUAUUCCGCAACGAUGCCUUCAUCCCCGCUCUGGCCAGGUCACCACACUGUAGCUUUAUUGCUGUGCAGUCUUUGCUUGCUUCUAACUUUCGUCCUGGGAUUAAAAGAGCAGGAAAUCGAUCUCAAAGCUGCUGCUCACACCCGAAGAGCUGACGAUAAAUUUCCACGAGAUGUGAAAUUUGCUGGACUUGUUCUAUCACGGAAACCACACGAGUCAGUAUGGUCGAGCAAAAACAAACCAAAUAAAUCAUCCUCCAAGAAGUACGUGGAGGGUAGCUGGGCUGAUUUCCAAUAUGGAAAAUCGCCCAAAGCAAUAUACGAUAAAAAAUAUUUUGAUUAUCUGCCUGCGGAGGUGAAGGACUCGCCGGAGAUUCCGUCUGAUGUGAGUUUAUCGGAACGAAUUAACAGCAGGAGAAUUCGCCGAAACACUGAUGGGAAAGAACAGACUCGAACGAGAAGACAGGGCAUGUGGUACGUUCAACCAGUGACAUCCUAUUCCUACGAUAUACCCCAGUAUAUCUAUCCGAACGAUUGGAGGCUGCAGUACAAUCCGUACGACUUGAAUUAUAGGCCAACUUUGCACAACCAAUAUUUACCACCUGUCACCCGAAUACCCCCUCCAACAGCACCAACGACUAGUGCACCGGCUGGUCCGGCCAUCGAUAUCGAUCCGGGAAUGAGAGGUUCGUUCAAUGAAGAUCAACAACCCUUUGCUUUCGAUGUCGUGUAUGAUCCAAGCAGGGACACUAAAUACAGGCUUAUGAAGACUACUAAAAAGACGCCGAUAGGGACCACUCCGAAUAAUUUCCGUGGAAGCGUAGCCCCGACGACGACAACUAGAACAACGGCUCGACCAGUUGUUUCCCGACCAACAUUCACUUCCACUGGAACGACCCAGAGUGCAUCAUCUGGCGAACGGCCAUCGAUUCAGCACAACAGUGACGAUGAAUUUGACUGGUCUAAUCUAGGUCUAUCCGUCGAUGGUGGAAUCGGAAAUAGAUUAGGCUUCGGUGGUAAUGGACAAAGUAUCCCAAAUCCAGGAAACAACUCGGUAACGGGUGGGACGGCGAACAGGAAUUCUAUCGGAUCCAACAGGAAUCGGCAGGCACCAUCUAAAUGUACCUGGGCCAUUGCCAACUGCUGCAGUCAUAACUCGGACAAAAUUCGCUAUUACUGCUUUGAACAGAAUCAGUGCUUUGGUGCAUUUUGGGGCGAAAAUGUCUGCCUACGUCACUUCGAAGCAGCAUUGAGAGAAAUAGAGAUCUACUACAAUGUCUAAUUUAUCUGCUCAACAUCAAACUUGAUUUUCUUCGUUUAGAAAUGUGGCCCGUCAACGACACACUUUCUACUGCUUUUUGUAUAGCCGCUACAAUGGAUAUUUCAAUUCUGUUCUAUGCAGAUAUAUAAGAAAAAUAAAAAAUACAAUCAAUCAGUCUUCAAUUCUACUUGUAAAACGGAACGCCGAAAUUGAUAAUGAAAUUCUUUUAUGUAGUAUAAAUUCCAAUGCAAAUAAGUUAAUAUAAACCCGCAAUUAAUACCACCAGCUGGUUAUUCUGCAAUUUGAUUAUAUUUAAAUAAAAAUGGCGCUUAAUUGAAAGGAACUGGA